AUGGCCGAAACUUCGAGUGAUGGCAGCCGAAAGAAAGCAAAAGUUGAUGGUUCUUUAGAUGGUUCUUCCGCUUCUUCGCGUAAAUUUGACGGUGCUGCGCGAUUCAAGUCAAAAUUUCAGCCAUCCUGGUCAAAAAAGUGGCCUUGUAUUAUUGCUGUUCCUUGUUCACCAACUCAGUUCAGGUGUACGGUGGGAAUCUGAUGUACAAGGGGAAUCUGAUGUGACAAGACAUAUUCAAGGUGAAAAGCACCAGAAAAAUGUACGAGCUAGGACCAAUGCAGCGCCGUUAAGUUCAUUUGGGUUUAAUUCUACUUUGGAUCCACUGAAAGAUAACGUAAUACAUUAACAUAUUGUUGUAGUAAUAGUGUAUGUAUAUCAGUGCAUGGUUGUUUAAAACAAUUUGUUUUACUUCUAGUGAAAUAAUUAAUUAUAAUAGUAUUUUUCUAAAAGCUUAUUCCAUUUUUAGGUCACAACUGCAGAAAUUAAAGUUGCUACACUCUUAGUUGAAAACAACAUCCCUCUGGCAUUUGCUGAUAAGCUUAGUCCAAUGUUUAAAGAGAUAUUUCCUGACAGCAACAUAGCUAAGAACUACGACAGCGCAAGAAAGUAAGACAACUUGCAUAUUGAAUGGAGCAAUAGCUCCACACGUAAAACAGACAUUAGUUGAACAGCUGAAAUCCGGAGUUUUUAGCAUGUCAACAGAUGGUUCUAAUGACAAAGACCUCGACAAAAUGAAUCCAAUCACGGUAAAACUUUUUGACAUUAAUGCGUCAAGAGCGGUUACCCAUUUCCUGGACAUGGGAGUGACUCAGGGUGUGGAUGCUGCUAAGGCUUCUACAAUAUUUGAAGCAAUCGAUGAAGUUAUGACCGACAACAGUAUACCCUGGAAAAACUGCAUAGCCUUCUCUGUUGAUAAUACCAGUGCAAAUCUUGGUCAGUUUAAUUCUAUUAAUUAUUUUAUUCUGUUAUUUUCUUGGAUGUCCAUGCCACAUUCUUCAUAAUACCGCCAGCAAGGCCUCUUCGCAACUGAAGGAAGUUUCUGGGUUUGACAUUGAUAACUUGGCAGUGGAUAUUUUUUACUAUUUUGACAAGUCAACCAAGCGAAAGGCUGCCCUUAGUGAUUACACUCAAUUUUGUGACUUAGUAUAUCGCAAGAUGCUUAAGCAUGUGACCACACGUUGGCUGAGUUUAAACACUUCUGUUAACUGCAUAUUAAGUGGCUACGAAGGUUUGAAGUCCUAUUUCCUUUCAGAAGAUGAUGAAGAUUCUAAAAUCCCACGUUUUGCUAGGCUUCGAAAGCAUUUUGAAAACCCGAUGACUGAGAUUUACUUGAUGUUCUUUCAAGCUGUUAUUCCCACCUUUACUACCAUCAACAAAUUCUUGCAGAGAGGAGAGCCAGUUAUUCAUCUGCUUUUCAUGGCCAGAAAUUCGAGACAUGUGCCUGUCUUGCUCAGCGGGUUUCUUCAUGAUAAUUUGAUAGCGCACGACCUUUCCCAAUGUGCAUCAGUAUGACAAUAGCAAAAUAAAAUGGCCGAAACGAGAAGCCCCAAACAUAUCAAUUUAUUCGAUUAUAGGCAAUUGCCCUUGUUUUCUUCGGCUGUUUUAUACGACACGGCGAGCAAAGAAAAAAAAUUAAAAUUUUGCGAUGCUAAAGGUCUAAAGGGGUCAUUGCGCAAAGAAAAAUCUAUGAUUGUAAUCAUUGAUUGUAUAUAUAAUCUCGAGUUACGGUCGGUGCCAGACACUGCCAGUGUAGUAUAACAUGUAUGUAUUAUUUUGAUUUUCCCGAAUUGAUAACUUAGGCAAUGUUUAGUAGAUAAAUAAAUGCUGUAUGUAAAUGCCUUAUAUGAGUAAGGCACCUUUUCGUUGAAAAGGAAAUCUUUUGAUUACAUUUAUGUAAAUCCAAUGCUUUCAGAACGUCAGACAUAUAGACUUUACAUGUUCAUAUUCCCGAAUUAAUCCCGCCAUCAACAAAACCGGAAGUAAAAUUCUAGUGCUUUCUUGCCCCAGGGGAAUAGGCACAGGCCACGUCUGUUUAUAUUUUCGAAUAGCGUGGUUCCUAAGCUUUAUUUUGAUACUAAACAUGGCCGAGUUACUCGAAGGUUCCAUUGUUAAAAUUGGCCUUGUUUAUCUGCAAUUUCGUUUUGUCGUGAAAAUUAUCGCCAUGAAAAUUUGCUGUCACAGCUUCAAAAAUUCGCAGUGUUCAUUAUAAAAAUGGAACAAGUAAACCAAAGAGUAUCUCUCCCAAAUUUUUUGUGGAUAUAGUAUGGUGUGUGUUGUAAAUGACCCGAGAUGUGCAAAUGUUGCCAAGAACGUAAGAACCAUGCACGGCGGCACAAAAUCAUCGCUAAAUGGGCAAAUUUAGACAAAAUUAUAUAGUUUCUACUAGCCAAAGUAUCGCUGAAAACAGUUUUAAAAUGGAACAUACAAAACGUGAGAUAUGGAUAAAAUAAUUGUAGCAUUUAAGUACGACGGCUCUUCCGAAGCAAACUCGAGAUGUGCAAACUCGUUAUAGAGGAUACCAAUAGCUAUAUUUUUAAUUUUUUGUUUACACUCCUAUAAUUUCUACUACCGCGUGGCGGCCAUGUUUGAUUGUAUUGUCCAAGCAUGCUCAGUAGCAAUGUCCGCAAUUUCUGGCCAUGGGAUCAACUUGAGUCGUUCCUUAAGAAAUUGGCAGGCAAAUUCAUACGUAUUCAUGCCAUUGCAGCUGCAAAUAAAGUGUGUGAGAUAUAUUUCUCAGAUGAUGGAAAUAUAAAGGAAGAAGACAAGAUGUUUGUGGGAAUUACAACACAGGGAAAGAUGAUGAAGAUGCUCAAUGAUGGAGAUUUAGAUCCUCAACAGGUAGAAUUACAGUAAUACUGCAGAAUAAUAUAUUGAUAGUUCAGUUCAGGCAGAUUAUUAUUAGUCCAUUUAUAGAGCAUAUUAUUCAGUGUUUCAUUCAUUCAGUCACCUUUAAUUAAUCAUUCUUUUACAUCUAGGUGCAAAGAUUCUAUGAUGCAGUUGGUGCGUUUUACAGAGCUGCUGCACAGUAUGCUGUGGCAAAACUUCCAUUUCAUGACAAAGUUCUGGAGAAUUCUCGUUUUGUUAAUUUUGAGAAACGCAGAGAGCAUGAAUUCACAAUGGUCGAUUUCUUUCUACAACGAUUCCCAGAUCAUCUAGAAAUGAGUGUUGAAGAGCAAGAAAAACUGCAAGAACAGUUCAUAGACUAUCAACUUUUGUCAAAUGAUAACAUCCCCCCAACAUGUCUGGAAUGA